CAAAGCAUUAGGGGGCCUCAACCUCAUCAAAUGGCGGGAGCUGCGGCAGCUUCACGCUGCAUCUUCUGCCAGAUCGCCGGAAAAUCCUCCUCCACCACUCUCCUCUACACGGAUGAAAAGGUGGUUGCUUUUCAAGACAUCAAACCCGCUGCUUUAAGGCAUUACUUGGUUAUUCCUGUCGAUCACAUCCGAACUGUUAAUGAUCUUCAAAGGAGACCUGAAGACUACUCUUUGGUUAGUCACAUGUUAGAAGUGGGGAAAGCACUGAUACAAAGAGAUGCACCUCAGUCCCAUCAGUACAGAUUUGGCUUUCAUCAACCACCAUUUAACUCUGUUAACCAUAUUCACCUCCAUUGUUUCGCACUACCUUAUACACCCAGAUGGAAACGUAUAAAAUAUCUGUCCGUGGGAUCGUUUGGAUUUAUUGAAGCUGAAAAAUUGUUGGAGAAGAUCAAGCCUUUGCCUUCACAACUGUGAUUUGUGUUAUAAGUUAAACAUGAUACAUGUGCUUUCCCUUAAGUGUGCAGACUUUGAAAUCCAAGAGAAGUAUAGACCACGUCAAAAGGUCUGUGCAGUUGUGUGCAACUUAUAGAAUCUAAAAUAUUCGGAUUUUAAUACCAGUAUAGAGACUUACCUUCUCCACUGAGACCUUUCUUUCAGCUUAUUGGGUUCAUGGAGUACCAUACGUAAUGCACAAUGCUACAUUGCUACUAUAGGAACACCCACACACAUAUCUAUACUGGCAGAUCAUGAGGUACCCAUACAUUGUACAUGUUUUCCAGAAUAUCACCGUCUGUGAUUUAGAAGUUUGAUAUAUGAGAAGACAGAUCUUAAUCUCAUUCAUCCUAGAAUGCUAGCACAUACUUGAACAGUGACAUCCAGAAUUCCAGAUUAAUAACAUGUCACAGUUUACUGACCAUGUACGAAUGAAUGAGUCGA